AUGUUCUUCUCCGGGUUCUCGUACCAGCACCACCACCAGCCAGGCUCAGGCAGUCCUCCCGGGGACGCCGCCGCGGAUCCGUACGACGACGGCGACCACAACCUCACGGUGCUCCUCACCUUCAGCAUCUUCUUAUCCUUCAUCCUCCUCUACCUGGUCGCCGGCAUCGUCUGGGCCUCCGCCGUCACGGCCUGCGCCGUCGCGCUCUCCAUCUGCUACCUCAAGGUUCAGCGGCGGCGGCGCGCCGUGCUGAGGCGUGAGGCGGCACUGCGCGCAGCUGCCGGCGGCGGGCCCGGGGGUGUCGCGGCGGUCGCCGUGUCGGCGGCGAUCCCGGCGUUUGCGUACAAGCGGGAGGGUGCCGGCGGCGGUGGCGGGGACGCGACGGGGUGGGCGCAGUGCGUGAUAUGCCUGGGGCUGGUGCAGGUCGGCGAGGUGGUCCGGCGGCUGCCGGCGUGCAAGCAUCUGUUCCACGUGGAGUGCAUCGACAUGUGGCUGCGCUCGCACUCGACUUGCCCCAUCUGCCGUGCCGCCGUCGAGCCCGCCGAUGGCCAGCCGGAGCCGCCGGUUUGA